AGGCUUCUGCUUUAUUUGGACUCGACUCGGACUCGACUCGACUCGCAUGAUCCAAGGUGAUUCUGAAGGAAGCCAGCAAAGAUGUUUGGGCCCCGUUUCUUCCACGUGAAACAUUGCAAGGAUCCAUCAUCGUUUGGGAUCUGAGCUUGAUGGAUGAUGACUUCAACUUGGAAACAUCAACGAAAUUCCAUCGCAAACCAUGGGCAGGCACAACAGGGUACUAGCUAAUAGCGAUCUGACCUCUGACUUACUUGGCUAUUACAACGACAAAAGAAGUCUCUUCUAUCUGUUACUCUAGUUUCCACUAGCUAGCUAGCCAUCAAUAGAACCAGUCCAUCCAGAAAUUGUUGGACACACAUCCCAAAUAAGAAAAAAUGAGGAUUCCCACGCUAGUUUUCUCGUUGUUGGCAACCGCCGAUGCCUUUACGGUUUUGCCAUCGGUCCCCACGGGUGUGCGUUUGAUUUCCUCCAAGCCAGUUCGAAGCCCUACUUGGAUCCGAGAAUCUUCCACAGCUGUCGCGGAAGCACCAGAUGCUACAAAGACCGAUUCAGCAGCGGAUGACGACGGGGCAGAUAUCUAUGCCAAGCUCGGUAUCACAGAGGAUCAGCUCUCCAUCGGCGUCAAACCUGAAGAAGUAUUGGAAUGGAUUGGAACCCGUGAAGUAAUGGUGGAAAAGGCGAUGCGCGAUAUCGAAAAAUUCGACCGAGCAAAGGCAGAAGCGGAAGUUGACAAAUACCUGAUGGACCCAGAAGCUAUCAACUAUCACAUUGAAUUCAAAAAGAGGUUGGCCGAUAACCCAGACAUGCUUCAACCAGAGGAAGAGGAAGGGUUCUUUAGCUUUAGGACUUUGGUGAUCGUCUACAUUACCUACGUCUUUGGCGAGGUCGUCUACCGAAAUUUUCUGGAACCAAGAGGUGUGGAUCUGAGCUUUCUUCCAGGCUAUGGACCAAUUAUACCCAAGGAGGAAGUUGUGGAUGCAGUAUCAUCGGCAGUUUCGGAUGGUAGUGUUGUGGACUCGGUUGUCCAGAGUGCUGUCGAAGCCGUCGACGCAGCAUCCACAGCAGCUGAUGUCAUUGGAAACAGCAUUUAAUACCGUUAUUUUAUUAUGUGUAGCUUUUAGGGAAUGUAGGCAAAGCAAUUGGACUACCAAAUACUUUUGUCAACUUGAAAAUCUUGGGUUUGCCACUAAAGUAAGACUAGUUGGGUUAAAACUGGUUCUGCUCGAGGAAAUCCAGUUGCGCAAGAUAUACACAGGGGCGAGGAAGGUCGAUCUUGGAAUCCCACUUUGGGCACCAAUUUGCGAAGGCAGUCCACAAGUGGAUCAUCUCCU